CGCACGGCUUCGCCGUACAGCACGUCGAGCGCUAGAGCUCGAAGUUCAGCGCGCGCUCGGAGCGGUUUACCCACUGGCGCCCGCGCGCCGCAGUCGCGAACACCGACUUUGACGCGGUCGCAAACGCGGACGCUAGCG